AACAGUUUUGCAAAACGUUUGGAUUAGUAGCGAACUACACGAUUUGCUGUGUUAAAAUUAAAGUCGUGUGGAAUUGAGGAAUAACUCAAUGUGUUGCUUGCUUUGUUAGCUAGCAAGUCGUUGGAAAUAGCUUUAGCUAUUCAGCUAGGCUAACGUUAGUGAAAGUAAACAAACCAAGAAACCCAGCUAACUGUUACUACAAACGUUAGCUGAUGUGUCAUCAAGGCGCUUUGCUGAAAUAGACUUAUAAGUGAGCUAGCUAGGUAAUCGGUAUUCAUAUGUGUGUCUCCAUGAGAGAAACCAAACAAUGCAGUGCAACAAUGUGACAGCUAUCCCCAAAGGGCUACUGCAGCUUCGAGGCAGUUUGAGUAGCAUGAUGGACAGCCUGUACUAUGACCCCAAGGUGGCAGAGUUGAUGAACACAUCAAUGGGGCAGUACCUCAAUGGCCACCCAUUCUUAGCCAUGGCUGUGUUGGUAUUUGGCGCCAUGGCCACUGUACCCAUUGGGAUUUUUCUGACCUUUGCCACUGUUACAUUCAUUGGUGCCACUGUGGGUUUAGUUUUAUUGGAGGUGUUUCUGCUAUCCCUGGGAGGGGUCAGUCUGCUGUGUGUGCUCUCUGCUCUGGCCAUCCUCUCCAUCCUGGUCUCCUUGGUCCUCGGUGCCUGUUACAUUACCUCUUACAAUGUGCUCAACUUCUACUACAGCCAGCGUGUCAGUAGGUACCGAGCCACUAGGUUGGAGCCUGCGACAAAUAUAACAGUCAUGGAACAAGAUGGAGAAGAAGAUGAAGAAGCCUAUGGGAAGCCGGAGGUAUAAGGAGCUGCAGCGUCAGUGAUGGAGAUGGCCUUCUACAGACACAAUCGUAUACUGAUCACUGCACUGCAGUCCUCAAACUGGCAGAUAGGGGUUCCUCUAGACUCGAGAACUAGAUAGAGUAAAACCUCAGGUUGACUUUUCAUUAAAGGCCCAAUGCAGCUGUUUUUAUCUCAAUAUCAAAUCAUUUCUGGCUAAUAAUUAAGUACCUUACUGUGAUUUGUUUUAAAUUAAAACAAACAAAAAUUGCUUCUUAGCAAAGAGCAUGUUCUCAAGCAAUAAUUGUUUAGGUCUAAGUUGGGAGGGAAAAACUGAACAAUAUCUGUUAUUGUCAGAGAUGUUUGGAACUCACUUUCUUAUUGGUCUAUUAACUAAUUUACCGCCAGGUGAUGUCAACAGGCAGCCCACCAAAGCAGGCUGAAAUUUCAGGUGGUCUUUUCAAACAGCUCUUACACUGAAAGGGCAUCAUUUUCACAAUUGCACAGUAUUAUUCCAACAUCAUAGUCUGGAAAUAUUUAUAAAACAGAAAAAUCAUGUCUUUGACUGCCCUGGGCCUUUAACUAGAAAAAUCUAUUAUCCAAACAGCCCAAUGGAAUCAUCACCAUUGAUACAAGUAUUAAUAUUUCUUUAUAUGAUUCUGGAGGUUGUAUAAUUUCACCUGACUGAAUCUAGGCACAUUGAUUGUUGAUUUCUUUUAUUGCAUUAUAGCAUUUGUACUAAUAUCUCUAUUUUCUUGAUCUUUCUAAGGGUUAAGAGUACAAAUAUGUAUAUUUUAUACAUAAACAUAGUUGAAAUUCAAGCUGCUAUCAGUUGCUAGUCUGAUUGUCAGAUGUUACAUGCAAUGAAUGUACCUUGGUUUUUAUUGUCCUCAUCAUUUGCAAUGGAGAGGGGACUAAGAACCUGUAAUGGUAGAAAUGAUUUGUUAAACAAAGCCCAUUUAGAACAUGAGAUGACCAGGUAGCAGUGCAAAUAAUAUACAUGUUACUACUACAUUGUAUUUGACAAUCUGUGUAUUCUGUAAACAAUGUGUACAUUUGCCAAAGAUUUCAUUAAAUGUGUUAAUCUAGUUUUGAUCCACAUAGGAUUAAUAACAGGUCAGUCUUUUACGUUUAAAAUCUGUGGUCCAUUUGAACAGUGGGAGCUAGUUUCUGUGACUAAGGUCAUGUCUGUUUUUGUAAACCAGAAAUGUAAAGUAUGCACUAAUAGAGAUGAUAGUGACUGAUGAUUUGUAUCAAAAAUAAAGUGUUUUUAUAUGUAUUCAAUUGAAUGUACCUUUUCUCUGAAGGUUAGUGGUGAGAUGUUACUUUGAUGGAAUGUUUCAAGUAAAUCACUUAAACUGCACUAAAUUGAUUUGCUCUAGAAAGCCAGUGUCUCAGUAUUGUAAGACAUUUUUCUAAUGUACAAAAGUGUGCCCAUUUGUAAUGAUUGACCCUUCACAGAUUUGUAGUUCUGGCCUUGAGCAGUUAUUGUUAAAUGUUCUGUAUUGUCAUGUUUAAAGGUGGACCCCAGGAAUAGCAGCUGAUGCUUUCGCAAAAGCUAAUGGGGAUUCUAAUAAAAUACAAGUAAUUCUAAGUA